UACAAAGUCCGUUCCUACACUUGCCGGUACGUUGGGGACCUCGAGCUCUGUUGUGUAAAGUCAAAUUGCUUAUAAAUUUAACAUCAGACGCUAGAAAUGGCUGCAAACACUGGUGUUUUAGCAGGGAAGACUCUGUUCAUCACAGGGGCAAGUCGUGGUAUAGGUAAAGCCAUAGCCCUGAAGGCCGCAAGGGAUGGAGCUAAUGUUGUCAUAGCAGCAAAAACGACAGAGCCACAUCCCAAACUACCUGGCACCAUUUACACUGCAGCCAAGGAAGUUGAGGAUGCAGGAGGAAAAUGUCUGCCCUGUGUGGUAGAUAUCCGACAAGAAGAGCAGGUACGGAAAGCAGUAGAGGAAGCAGUGGCCAAGUUUGGAGGGAUUGAUAUCCUUAUCAACAAUGCCAGUGCUAUCUCCCUCACUGGCACACAGGCAACUGGCAUGAAGAAAUAUGACCUGAUGAUGAAUAUCAAUGGCAGGGGCACAUACCUCUGUUCACAUGUGUGUAUGCCUUACCUCCUGAAGAGUUCUAAUCCUCACAUUUUGAACAUCAGUCCUCCCCUCAACAUGAACAAGGAUUGGUUCAAAGGCCAUGUUGCCUACACUAUGGCCAAGUAUGGGAUGUCCAUGUGUGUCUUGGGGAUGGCUGAGGAGUUCAAACCUGAAGGUAUUGCUGUGAAUGCUCUCUGGCCAAGAACAGCCAUCUACACUGCUGCCAUGGAGAUGUUAGGGGGUGGAGAUGAGGUAGCUAAGCAGUGCCGCAAGCCUGAAAUCAUGUCGGAUGCUGCCUAUGUGAUGCUGACCAAAAACAGCAAAUCCUACACUGGGAACUUCGCCAUUGAUGACGAAGUACUCACAGCAGAAGGGAUCAAGGAUAUGGAGCAAUACAGUUGGGUCAAAGGCAGCAAACUUCUACCCGACUUCUUCCUUGAUGUUGAUGCCAACACACUGAGGGAGCAAAUGUCUGAAGGUGGUGCCACGCCUGCUUUUGGCGGAACCAAAGGGGGUGCUGGACCAGCCAAGACCUUUGACGCCAUCCAGACUAUGCUUAGUGAGGAACUAGUAGGCAGUAUCGGAGGUGUCUUCCAGUUCAAUUUAUCAGGGACUGAUGAAAGUACAUGGUUCAUCAAUUUGAAAUCUGGCGAGGGUAGUUUGGGACCUGGUGAGCCCCCAAUGGGAGCUGACUGUACAAUGAGCAUGGACAGUGCUGACUUUCAGAAGAUGUUCGGAGGAGAGCUCAAACCUGUUGCAGCCUUUAUGUCUGGCAAACUAAAGAUCAAAGGAGACAUGGCUUUGGCCAUGAAGCUAGAAAAACUCAUGAACAAAAUGUCACCAAAAUUGUAAAGUAUAGUUUUCACAAUGCUAGCCUGACACAACGAUGCCGAGUGAAGAAGGCACUUUUCAGGGAAGAUAACCAAAUAAUUAUCAUUUCUGUUAAGGGAAGAUUUGAAUAUUUGUGAUACAAGAUUUUUUAAUCUGACCCAGACAUUUGAGAAAGGGUGUAAAAUGAUUCCAGUUUAAAUAUGUCCUUCAAAUGAGCAUGAAAUGAGAAUUUCUUUAGACAAGUACAUGACAUGUAUUAAGACCAAAUAUUGAUCUUGCAGUUUUUACAAUCUUUGAAAUCGCUCUUUAAUCCUUUCCAAUCCCACAAUCUUUAAAUAGAUAUUAUUACAGAUUAAUUAUAUAUCGGACCAUAAUUUAAGAAUGGAUAGUUUUAUGGUUGUUUUUUAUCUGCUAUAGAAGGUUUUGGUUGUCUAUAGAUAUGAAGUGCAUGAACAAAAUGUUUGUAUGUGUAAAUUUGUGGCAAGUGUAAGUGAAGUUUUAGUACUGGAUUUGUGAUAGGUUUACUAAAUACUUAUACAUAUGUAUAAAUAGUGCUGAAUGAUGGUGUGUUUAUCAAAUAUUUAUAUCAAUCGAGUCAAAUAUUUCUAUUUAUAUAUUAAGAGUUCAUGAUUGAAAGUUUUUAUUUAAUUAAUGCAUUGUAUAUAUGUGAUCAUAAGGCAGUAGGAUUUGUAAUGCUGUAUUUCAUUUGAAAUUUCUAAUCAAAGCACGCACUGCUAAUGCUGACAAUUUUCAUUGAUAUAUCAUCAGAUGAUUUUUGUACAAAUAAAAAUUCAAGAUGCAUAUGAC